UAUUCCCAUCAAAACCAUUUGUGAUGGGCAUGUUGUUGGCAUGAUGUCGUUUCAAUUCAGUACUCUGCUGCUAUUUUGUUGUUGUUCUUGUCAGAUUCCCUGCAAAACAACCCGGAUUAUGGGACAUCAAAUUGGACACAAAAACUGAAAACGCCAUGAUGACGGAAGGACAAUAUGGAAAUAGCUCUCCCCUCAAAACGACGGAAAAUGGCUUCAAACGAAAGCCCCCUUAUUCGGUGGAGACCCCAUACGGCUUCUGCCUGGACUUGGAUUUCCUGAAAUAUGUGGACGAUAUCGAGAAGGGCAACACCAUCAAAAGAGUCCCCAUCCACCGCCGGAGUAAGGGCCCUCGCUCCAGCACUCUCCCCCGGCACCUCAACCUCUCCGGGGGCGGCUGUCGGCCCAGCCCCUGGGGCUCCACCGGAGCUCUGGGGCCCAGGUCACGGCUCUCUGAGGCCGACCAUGGGUACAGCUCCUGGACCCACGACCGCAGGACGCCGGCGUCCCCCCCCGGGCUGAGGACCCUGACGGAGAUGGAGGCUAGGAUCAAGGCGUUUGACGAGCAGCCUGUCGGGGAGCACAUCGGGCCGCACCUCCUCCGGGCCUCCAGCAUGCCUCUCACGGUGCUCCUCAGGCAGACCUCCGAGACCGCCGAGGACCCAGGCAGCCUCCGGAGCUCCAGGGACCACCUCGGAGAAAGGGAUUCCUCCUGCGAGGACAUACCCCGCAACCUGGAGUUCUCUGGGCUGCUGCGGCGUCUGACAGAGGCCCUGGAACGAGUGGGCGAGCUGGAGAUGGAGAUGAGGGUCAUACCCGAGCUCAAAGCGCAGAUCUGCAUCCUCCAGGAGGAGCGAGAGCGGCUUCGUCUCGGCCUGCACCCGCUCGCCCCACAACCCGAAUCGGGCAACGGGACCGUCAAAGACCCUAGCAUCUCCAGCUGGUCUCAGGCCACCGGGGACCUCAAGCGGCACAGCAACGGAUGCCCAGCCUUCCCUCAAAGCCCCCGCGCCGCAGGCCAGGACAGUGACAACCCGCUGCACGAGUGGAGGAGCAGCACCGAUCUGGACGAGCUGCUGACGGUGACGUCGCUGCAGGCCAAGGUGGCGGCGCUGGAGCAGAGGCUCCACCUCAACGGCCUGGAGCUCCAGCGGGCCCUGAGGGAACUGGGGGAGCAACGGGAGGAGGGCCAGAGGAAAGACGAGAGGAUCGAACACUUCAGCGUGAACCCCAUGAUCUGGGUCUGUGCUGAGAAGGUGGUGGUGGACAGCGACGACGAGGACGGGACUAUUACUUCGACCGGAGACAAGGCCCACUCGUUAGGAGACUCCAACAAAUCGGCCGGGGAACAGACCAUCGCUUUCCCCCAUGGACAAAGAAACGGGCAGCAAGCGUCUGCGGUUUGUCUCCCCCAGAAGUCCAACAGCAGCAGUUCCUCUUCCAUCCCCAUGGAGCUGGAGGAGGCUCAGCCCGGGGCUGUGGACUCCACCCGGGCAGUCCUACACAUCAGGAGGAUCAAGCUGCUGCUGGAGGAGCAGUGGGAGUGCCUGUGUAGGGGUAGCGGGUCGCUGGAGGCAGGGAGGCCCCUGGAGCACCCUGACCCUGAGGUCAACCGCCUGCAGUUGGAGAUGAUGGGGCUCGUCAACGUCCUCUUGGCCUGCUAUCACGACCUCGGGCGCUCGGAAGGGGAUCGAACACCACAAGAAGCUCCUAAAUCCACGAGGACGGCGACGGACGAGAGCGCUGUGGCGUCAAAAGACAUCCACUUUGCGGGCGUUAAUGAACGAUGUUCAGAGACCGACCAGGUGAGUCAGGACCGUCUCGCCCAAGGAGACCCUUCCGAUCAGAAGGAUGAACCCCACGUCCCAGAGGAGAUGCCCUUCACUCAGAUGUACCCCCAGGCCUCGGAGCACCGCCAGGGAGAGACUGUCCCAGACCCAGACCCAGACCCAGACCCAGGCCCGGGCCAGGGGGAGGCUGUCCCAGACCCAGACCCAGACCCAGACCCAGGCCAGGGCUCUGUCCCGGGCGGAGAGGCCCCGGGUGGGGCAGAUGGAGGUGCGGGGCCCGUGGUCCUGGGGAGGCACGAGCAGAUGGAGUCGUCAGCCCAGGGGGAGCAGAUGGAGACGGACUCUGGCUCGCCGCCGACCACCAGGGGGAGCGAGGCUGUUAGUGAGGAGUUUAUGGCAGCCUGUCAGUUUCUGAAAGACCACAUGGAGAACAUGGACAAUCCCAAUAACGACAUGCGGAAGGCCUUGGUGGUGCUGUUCCACCAUUGGUUCGGUGUCGCGGCAGAGGAGAACGCAGCAGCCAAUAGCGUGUCUCUCUAUCUGGGCGAGGUGAAGAAGACCACACCCCCCCUGUUGUGCUUCCUCGUCAACCUGGCCGACGACAACGGCAACACGGCUCUGCAUUACAGCCUGUCCCACUGCAACUACAGCGUCGUCAGCCUGUUGCUGGAGACAGGCGUGAGUGACGUGGACCUCCAGAACAAGGCGGGCUACACCGCGGUGAUGCUCGCCUCCCUGACGGCCCCCGACGGGCCGGGCGGUGUGGAGGUGGUGCGCAGACUCAUGGAGCUGGGGGACGUCAACAUAUCUUCCUCCCAGACUGGACAGACGGCGCUGCACCUGGCGGUCAGGCACGGGCGCGUGGUGAUGGUGAGGCUGCUGCUGAGCUUCGGGGCCCGGGCGGACGUGCAGGACACCCAGGGGACCACGGCCCUCAUGUUCGCCUGCGAGCGCGGCCACACGCACAUCGUUCGCCUCCUCCUGGAGCGAGGCCACUGUGACCUGGCUCUCACCGAUAAGCGGGGUCUGACGGCGCUCAGCCUGGCCGCGCAGGGAUCCCACGCAGACACGGCGUCGCUGCUGCAAGCCCACGCUAAAGCCCGCGCGCUCUAAACCACCGCCACUUCCUCCCACCAGACAGAACUCGGCGGAACCUGUUGUCACCCGUCCAACGACUCCCGCCAGUGUUGUUUGUUUUCCCUCUGGGUGGGUAACGUCAUACAUGCUGUUCCUUAUUGAUGAUUCAGUGUAUGAGAUGAACGCAUUCAGGCAUUACGGAGAUUAAUUUUAAUUAUAGCCUGGCUGCGCGGCUGCAUUCGUUUACAAAGAAAAGGCUUUUCAUGUGUUGUGUCGCUUCUUUUUAUGUUAAAAUAUGGUGGCCGAUUUAAUUAAUCCCAGACGGGGAAUUCUGAAUGACUAGGAAAUUCUGAAUGAUGUGCAAACAUUAUUUCAACUGCUAUACAUAUCAUCAAAGUAUGUCAUCUCAGCUCCGCAUUUUGAAUAAGAUGUAAAAAUUGUUUGCUCGUUAUUAGCUAUCCCAGUAUGGGUCAUGGUUAUAGUUUGAGCACCAAAACCGCCCAGGAGAUGGCGCUGCUUCCCUGAACUCCACUCACUCUACACACUAAAGCCCCUCGAACCUUGUUUCCAGCGUUUUUGGACAUAGAAGGAUAGAAUGCUAAAAAUGAGCCCAGCCAAAGGAUUAAGCGUAAUCCCUUUUGAGUGUGACAAACAAUUAUAGUCACGACACUCACUGCAUUGUAUUGAUGCGGCUGCAGAAAGACACUCAAGCACACACAAAAAAAACAAUAGCCUAAAAACAACCAGAGUGAGUGGCUCAUUGCUCCCAAGUCCCUCAGGAAAGUUUAACAAGAUGGAUAUUGUUUUUAUUUAUUAUUAUUUUGUAUAAUUCCUCUCAUUUAUUAUCCGAAGCCAGCGGUUUUUUCUUUACCCCUGGGGAUUCGGUUUAUAUGCAUUUGUCGUCAACGCAAUCUUUUAAAGGAAAUAAAUGUCUGAUUUGCAGGCCUACGUGUUAAACGAAUGAAAGUAUCUCAUUGGUUUGUUUUUGCUGUAUAUUUAUCGAUGAUGGAAUCAUGCCACCCAGCUGACAAGCCAGACAUAGCUACAACGCCCUGCUGCAAAUGUUUUACACCAGGCCGAGCUGGGAUGUGGCUUUGUUUAGUCACUCUGCCACCAUGCCCCAUUGCUCUAAUAAAUAUAGACGUAUAGUCCAUCAUAUAUUGAUAUGGUACAAACAAGAACAUAUUUGCAGAUCGGAACAGGGAGCUUUGGGUUUAAUAAUGAUAAUGGCGAUGGGUUCAUAGGCCGCACCAGAUGAAGGCUUUGGUUUAUGAAGCUACCAGUGAUUAGUGGAGAGUGAUAUAAGAAUAGUCUUCUAUUGUUCAGAUUGAAGAAUCAGCUAAGCCUUAAAGGGGAUUCUCACCAUAACAUUUGUUUGCCUGCUGAUCUAUGGAAUUAAAGAAAUACAGAUAUACCCUCAGCAUACUGUCUCAUUCCAGAGAAAAAUUAAAAAAAAACUACACACAUACAGAAAUAGAACAUUUCAAUCAAAUUUUAUAUAUCAAUAUAUAGAGAUAGUCAAAAUAACAUGACAGGAAAGCAACGGAUGGACUGUGUUUCCCCCCGUGGUGCCGAGCGAGCUGUAGGCCUACUGCAGAGUCUGCAACACUCGGUCAUCUGGAGGCAAACGCCUCAGAACGUCAACAGAACGUAAACCAAAAAGGCACAAAUAAACACAAACUCAGCAGGUUUUUAAAAACUAAAGGUGUUGACAUAUUCUGGGAGAGGAAAGUAGUGACGGGUGACGGGAAAGCAAAGAGUAGCACAGAAGAAUGGAAACAGAUGACAGUAUACGGUAAAAUGAUGCACGGGCAAGAAACAACACAACAAACACUUGGUGAAUAAAUUACAUUUUCUUACAAUGCAGGAAAUUGCAGUGCUCUGUUUUUAUACAAAUAAAUUAAUAUAACUGUCAACACUUUGGGUUAUCU